UGCGUUCUGUAGUUGAUUAGCUGACGCCAGUCGUCCCGCCGCUUGCGGUUUCCCUCCGCCGUCGGACGCCAGGCUUCGCUGCCGCAGACUCUUGGAACCCUAACCACACGGAUGGAAAAGCUCCCAUAUUUGCGUCCGCCGGAGGGCCAGCAGGCCGAUGAUUUGAUCAAGACCGUCUCCUCCAUCCUCCUCGCCGCCCAGAGCCCUUCCGGCCCUCCCCUCGACGAAGCCCUCGCCCCCUUCAUCCCCCGCCUCUCCCCUUCCCUCGCCGCGCCCAUACUCUCCGCUGCCGCUGCCUCCCCCUCCUUCUCCUCACCCGCCCCGCUCCUCUCGUUCUACCACCUCCUCCGACGCAGCUUCCCUUCCCCCUCCGGCGACUCCUCAGUCGCCGCCGAGGAGUUUCUACCGUCCCUCCUCGCUCUCCUCCCUCCCCUUCUUUGGUUCAAGAAGUUCGCUGAUGUCAAGUCCCUCCUCCUCUCCUUCAUCCCCCUCGACCGCCGCCGCCUCCUUCACCGCCACCUCCUCCACGGCAGCCCGCGGCCGUCAAAGUCCCUCCUUGAUACCGCCGUUGCAUCCUAUGCUCACCUCCGCCAGUACCAUCUCGCCUACCAGGUUUUCCUGGUCAUGCGCCGCCGUCGCCUCCGCCCCUCCCUGCUUACCUCCAACUCUCUCCUCUCCUCCCUUGUCCGCUCCCCUACAAUCUCGUCCUCCCUUCCAUUGUCUAUCUUCCACGACAUGGUCGCCCUCGGCGUCUCCCCCAAUGUCAACACCUUCAACAUCCUUAUUCAUGGCCUCUGCUCCCGUGCCCAAUUCACCGACGCACUUGCCCUUUUCCCCACGAUGGCUGGGUUCGGCUGCACGCCGGAUACUAUCACCUACAACACCAUCCUUGACGGCUAUUGCAAGAAGGGCAUGCUGAAAGAAGCACGCGACCUGCUUGCUGAAAUGAAAGCGAAGGACGUCCCUCCUAAUCGGUCCACCUAUAACACCCUCAUUGCUGCCUACUGCCGCCUUGGAUGGUUGAAGGACGCCACCAUGGCAAUCGAGUUAAUGACCGCAUCAAACUUCCUCCCUGACUUGUGGACCUAUAACAUGCUUGUUGCUGGGCUGUGCCGUGAUGCCCGGAUUGACGAAGCUUUCAGGCUAAAGGAUGAGAUGGAGAAACUUUGCUUGUCCCCUGAUGUCAUCACGUAUAAUACACUUAUCAACGGGUGCUUCCAGUGGAGGAGUGGAUCCGAUGCUUAUCAUGUACUGGGGGAGAUGCAACAGAAGGGUGUGAAACCAAAUUUGGUCACACAUAACAUUAUGGUUAAAGGAUUGUGCAGGGAAGGGAAGAUGGAGGAGGCUGUUGCAUCACUUAGAAAGAUGGAGGAUGAGGGAUUGUCACCGGAUCUCAUCACCUACAAUACUUUGAUCAGUAGUUACUGUAAAGCAUCGGAUAUGGGGAAAGCUUUUGACUUGAUGGAUGAGAUGGUGGGGAGAGGUCUCAGGAUGGAUACUUUUACUCUCAACACUGUUCUUCAUAAUCUAUGUAAAGAGAAGAGGUUUGACGAAGCAUGCAAACUGCUCCAUAGUCCACCAAUGCGGGGUUUUGUGCCUGAUGAAAUUAGCUACGGUACAGUGAUCAGUGCCUACUUUAAGGAUGAGAAACUCGAUGAGGCAAUGAAGCUGUUGGAAGAGAUGAAUGAGAAAAAGAUUAUGCCGGGUGUCACAACCUAUAACACGGUUAUUGGUGGACUGUGCAGGUCAGGUAGGAUAGAAGAAGCAAUUAAGAUGUUGAAUAAGCUGGUGGAGAGUGGACUGGUGCCAGAUGAGACUACAUACAACACUAUCAUCAAUGGAUUUUGUAGGGAGGGUGAUUUGGAGAAAGCUUUCCAGUUUCAUAAUCAGAUGGUCAAGAAUUCGUUCAAGCCGAACGUAAUUACUUGUAACAUUCUUAUGAAUGGGCUGUGUAAUGAUGGUAAGGUGGAGAAGGCUCUCAGAUUUUUUGAGUCAUGGGUGUCAAAAGGGAAGAAGGUUGAUGUCAUUACAUACAAUACCCUAAUUAAAGGGCUUUGCAAGGAAGGCAAUGUUGAUGCAGCAAUGGAACUUUUUGCUGACAUGGAGGAGAAGGGACUGCAGUCUGAUGCUUAUUCUUACAAUGUGGUCCUAUGUGCACUCUCUGACGCAGGAAGAUCAGAAGAAGCACAGAAUACACUGUCAAAGAUGAUUGAGAAGGGAAUACUGUCAGAACAAUUUACAUUCCCAUUAUCAUCAGAAGUCUCUCCUAUAAUGGGGACAGGCAAGGAACAAGAGAUGACACCAAAUGUCUGUAGGGAAGAGGAUUCAAAAGGUAGUAGCUACACUAUCUACACACAGCACAUUAAGGAGCUCUGCAAUAGUGGGCGGUUUAAAGAAGCUAAGCUUGUUUUAGACGAAAUGAUGGAAAAAGGUGUACCUGUCAAUAGUUUGACAUACAUCACGUUGAUGGAGGGAUUCAUAAAGAGGCAAAAAAGACUACCCAAAGCUGCUGUAUAAAGAUUCUUUGGCACUAUGCUUUCUCUAUGAUGUUUGCAGUCAGUGGAAAACUGCAGAAUAUUGUCAUGCCUUAGAACAUCAACCUGUUUUGUAUCGGAUAAAAGCUUGAAGAUGUGAAAGUUUGAAACAAUGAUGAAUUGUUGAACAAGUUGAGGUAUGGACCUAUUGAUGCAGCCUAGACUUCAAUCAGUUUCGGGUUUGAAUGUUAGGUCAUCAAUUCAGGUUUUCUUUCUUACAAAGGCAUGCAAGGCAUCUCAUUGAAAUAGUUCUCUUUGUUGGGACUCACUCGAUCGUUUACCACCUUGACUUGUACUCAAUGAUGGUCACAGUGAAGCAAGAGGGUGAUGGCACAACCAUAAGGCAAUCCUGUCCUUCGCUGCUGCAUGGAGACUGAUACAUCAGGAAGGUGCUACCAUCCUUUUCGGUUUGCAUAUCUGCAUAGACGUAUCUUUUUGUAUGACUGAGGUUUUUUAAUUGAUUGAGGACAGUUCAAAUUUGCUUACUGGAUGAUUAAUGCGAGUUUUUCAUGUUGUUUAUUCAUCCGGUUGAUGUUUUCCACUUUUUUGUGAAUGGUUGUAGGGAUAGGCAGUAUUAUCCAUGGUUGUACUUUUUUGAUCUGCAGCCAUAAGAAUUUGAAUUGGAAGAUACAUCUUUUUGUGAAGUUUUUGCAUCAAAAUGUUCCACUGUGUGUUUCCAUUUUUUGAUAUAUAUGCUUUAACUGUUCAUGAGCUUAGAAACUAUUUUGUUCUGCCUACUACUUCUGGUAUGUGAUAGACACUUGUAUCAGUUCUGUCUAGAUUACUGUGCUAGUCCAAAAAUCAUUUGCAGAGCAACAAAAUGUGUAACAGGAAUCUCAUCCUUCAAUGAUUGAUUUUUAUAUAUUAGUUCUUGAAUGAAAGCUUUAGCAGAAAGAUCUUGAAAUAAUAAAAGAAGAAAAACAGUUGGAAUAACAUAAUCCUUCUUUGUGUUUCCAUUUUUUGAUAUAUAUGCUUUAACUGUUCAUGAGCUUAGAAACUAUUUUGUUCUGCCUACUACUUCUGGUAUGUGAUAGACACUUGUAUCAGUUCUGUCUAGAUUACUGUGCUAGUCCAAAAAUCAUUUGCAGAGCAACAAAAUGUGUAACAGGAAUCUCAUCCUUCAAUGAUUGAUUUUUAUAUAUUAGUUCUUGAAUGAAAGCUUUAGCAGAAAGAUCUUGAAAUAAUAAAAGAAGAAAAACAGUUGGAAUAACAUAAUCCUUCUUUGUGUUUCCAUUUUUUGAUAUAUAUGCUUUAACUGUUCAUGAGCUUAGAAACUAUUUUGUUCUGCCUACUACUUCUGGUAUGUGAUAGACACUUGUAUCAGUUCUGUCUAGAUUACUGUGCUAGUCCAAAAAUCAUUUGCAGAGCAACAAAAUGUGUAACAGGAAUCUCAUCCUUCAAUGAUUGAUUUUUAUAUAUUAGUCCUUGAAUGAAAGCUUUAGCAGAAAGAUCUUGAAAUAAUAUUGGAAUUACAUAAUCCUUCUUUGGCACAGAAUUUGCUCACACAGUUCUUGUUCAAGCUUGUAGUUAAUGAUGAUCAACUAUCAAUCAAACUGGUUUUUUAUUGCACUGAUUUUGGUCUUUCCAAUGGCUCCGACAGAAUUCCAUCCAACCGUUCUACCAAUCUAAGAGAAGCUCACCUCUUAAUAGAACUUGGCGGAUCCAGAAGAUUGGGGAGUCAGGAUUGGGCUUGAUCUGCUCUGGCAUGGAUGAAGUCAUUGGAUGCCUUGAAGGCCACUGCAACGAUGUUAUGUGAAUUAUGUCAUUGGAUGUUAUGUCAUUGGAUGCCUUGGAUGCCUUCAUUAUCCUGCGACUUAGCUGAAACAAAACAUGAAUAUUAAUUGGCAAAGGAAACUGCAAAUGAUGGCAGCAGACAAAUGUUGCAUCAGUAUGAUAAUACUUGAGAAAGUUUUUACCAUUCAAGCUGCAAAUAAACCUCACAAGACGAAGAGUUUGAGGCUCUGCCAGAGUGGAUAGAAUCUCCGAAUUAUGACAUAAUUAUUUUGUAUGACAGUAAUACCAGAAUUCUUUGACCCAUUGAUAUGUGCCAUGAUAUUUGAAGUUAUUCUUGUCAGCUGUCGAUUAUGACGUGAUUAUUUUAUGACAAUGAUAGUAGAAAUCUUUGGGCCAUUAUGAUAUAUGAAUUAUUAUACCAGAAUUCUUUGACCCA